GUAAGAAAAAGACAAACGCUUCCUUGUGCUGCUGCUUUUCUUCAAGACAUAAUAUAACAAUACACGCGCUUUCUUACGGAAGGAGGAAGGAAGUUUGAGAAUCAAAUUCAAACGCCAAAGAACAAUGUGGCGGGGUAGUAGGGGUUUUCUUCUCCUAGUGCUGCUCUCUCUUCCCCUUUUCGAUUCAGUAGCUUCUCUGAAUCGUAGCAGUUUUCCGGCGGAUUUCUUUUUUGGAACUGCAUCUUCCGCUUAUCAGUAUGAAGGUGCCGCAAACGAAGGAGGUAGAGGCCCUAGCAUUUGGGACACCUACACUCACAGAUACCCCGAAAGGAUAGCUGACCACAGUAAUGGGGAUGUUGCUACUGAUUCAUAUCAUCACUACAAGGAAGAUGUGGCUUUGAUGAAGGAUGUUGGAUUUAAUGCAUACAGAUUUUCGAUCUCUUGGUCCAGAAUACUUCCCAGGGGGAACCUUAAAGGAGGAGUGAACCAAGAAGGCAUUGCAUAUUACAAUAAUCUCAUAAAUGAACUCUUAUCAAAAGGAAUACAGCCCUUUAUAACACUAUUCCACUGGGACCUCCCUCAAGCUCUUGAAGAUGAAUAUGGUGGUUUUCUUAGCCCGAAAAUUGUGCAGGAUUUUGCAUCCUAUGCAGAAAUAUGCUUCAAAGAGUUUGGAGACAGGGUAAAGCACUGGAUCACUCUUAAUGAGCCACUGUCCUUUAUCGUUGGUGGUUAUGCAAAUGGUGGAUCUCCUCCUGGAAGAUGCUCUAAGUGGCUAGGCCCAAACUGUAAUGUUGGUGAUUCUAGUACUGAGCCUUACCUUGCUUCCCACCACCAGCUUCUUGCUCAUGCUGCAGCUGUCAAAGUCUAUCGGGAGAAGUACCAGAUUUCCCAGAAAGGUCAAAUAGGGAUAACCCUAAAUACUGGUUGGGUUAUGCCUUUGACCCCAUCUAAUGCUGACAAAGAGGCAGCAGCUCGGAGUCUUGCUUUUUCAUAUGACUGGUUCAUGGAACCCCUGCAUUCUGGUUUAUACCCUGCUGUAAUGGUUGAAAAAGUUGGUGCGCGAUUGCCGAAGUUUUCCAGAAGCGAAUCCUUAAUGGUUAAAGGGUCCUUCGAUUUCAUAGGUUUGAACUAUUACACUUCAAAUUAUGCAGCUGCUACUCCUUGUCAACAUGAAAAGCGAACCUUAUUCACAGACCCUUGCGUUAGAUCUACUACUGUAAGAAACGGAGUUCUCAUUGGUCCAAAGGCUGCCUCAGACUGGCUCUAUGUUUAUCCACGAGGAAUUCAAGAGCUACUACAAUACACGAAGGAGAAAUUUAACAAUCCUGUCAUUUACAUAACGGAAAAUGGAAUUGAUGAGGCCAAUGAUGGUAAAAGGAAUCUCGAUGACAAAAUGAGGAUGGACUACAUCAGAAACCACCUUCUGUAUGUUCAAAGGGCCAUAAGGAAUGGUGUGAGGGUGAAGGGCUACUUUGCAUGGUCAUUCUUAGACAAUUUUGAGUGGGGUGCCGGAUACACUGUUCGGUUUGGAAUGGUGUACGUAGACUACAAGAAUGGGCAGAGAAGGUACCGUAAAAGAUCAGCUUUAUGGUUCAAAGUUUUUCUUCGCGGAUGAAACGUCAUGAUUAGACUGGGCAGAGAAGGUACCGUAAGCUUAAGCGUGGCCACUAUAUGAAAUUGAUGUCUGAUAAUUGGCUCUAAGACUGCUUCAUUGUAAUCUGAGGUUCAUGUCUUUCCUUGAUCUGUUUCUGUACUUUGUUGUCUAUUAGCCAACCCAUAAUAUGGCGAGACUUUUGUUGUUCCGUUGGUAAUACUUAACAAAUUAGUGGACUCUUCAACAUUA